ACUGCAAAGCACAUUCACGCGCAGCCAUCCACUCACACAGACGACUGGCCUUCGCGCUCAGCAUCUCUAAAUGAACUUAAUUAAAAAGAUCAUUCUUUGCAGUAACAUCCGGUCAUAAUUAUUCCCAUGAGUCUCAAACUGCUACUACAUUUGAAAGUAGACAGUUAGUAUUACAUGCCGACGUAAUUUCAUCUUGGAUAUAACUUCGCGACGUUACAGCUACUUGGAUCCUGAGAACGAAGGUUUAUAUCUGGAUUCAUUUAUCGGAAUAAAGACCUACCGGAUACAAGAUGAAGGGAGAUACGAACUGCACAAAGUACACGUUGGUUGUCUUCAAUGUCCUUCUCUUUAUUGUGGGAGGAGCCAUUCUUGGAGCGGGGGCGCAUCUUCACAUUAAGGAGGGGCCGUUCAUGACGUUACUUCCAAGCAUGCCUUUCUUGAACGUGGCGAACAUCAUGAUCAUUGCCGGGAUCGUCAUCCUCGUCGUUUCUUUCAUCGGUGGUUACGGGGCGAUCAAGGAACAUUCAUGUUUGCUACUAACGUAUUUUGCUUUCAUGGUCCUCGUUUUCAUCUUGGAAGUCUCUGCGGGAGGUCUUGGUUUCGCGUAUCGCUGGCAAGUGGCCAAAUAUGUAGCCAAUGAGAUGCGAGCUGGUGGUUUAGCUAAAUACAACGCGCCGGGAGAGGGCGGUCUAACAAAAGCAUGGGACAAACUCCAGAGUACACUUGGUUGUUGCGGAGUUUUCAACGAUACCGACUGGGCUAACACGGGGACCGGUAUGUUCCUAGCCCGACAGACACCCGACUCAUGCUGCCUCUUCCCCGCUCCGGGAUGCGGCAAAGACGUCAACUCCGAGAAGUUCAUCCGGGGAUGCAAGGGCGCCAUCAUAAUGGAGUUAGAAUCAAAAGCUCACGUAGUUGGUAUUGCAUGUAUCAUCAUCGCAAUUUUUCAGAUCUUCGGUAUUGGGCUCUCCUACACCAUGUGGAAGAAUGUAAAUGAGAGAGGAGGCAACUACGUGUAAAAUCUAAUCAUGAUUGUAAACUGUAAAAAACUACACUGAUGUGUAUAUACCGAUCCACAACGCGAGAGGGCGACACAUGCGCCUCUGAAUUUAGUUUGCAGGUCUCACACGCCCGAAUUGAAACAAAAAGGCAAAACAUAUUCAUUCGACUGAAAUAGAUGAUUGACAAAAGUAUGUGGAAAUGAUUCGCCAUCUAACACUGAUUUUAAGAAGGGCAAUCACCAUGAUCACUGAACGUCUUUGGCUCUAAUGGGAAAGUGACGUCAUUCUACUUCUGGAACUAUUUCACUGGCUGAAGAAUUACGAUUACGGUUAUUUUAUUGUUUUUUGGUGACGAAUGAGGUCUCGUCACGUAAUGUUUCUAUGCAUGUUGAUUUAUUUUCGAAAAUAAAGCCGUCAACACAAUACCCUUUAAUGGUCAGAUAUUAAAUCUGAUAUUAUAUUCCUUUUCUACUGGUAAUAUUUACGAAAAAUUGAAGAAAAUAAAUGUUUAUUUGGCUGAAUUGAAAAAAAAUGAAUAAACAUGAGCCCCCCUAAUGUAAUCCGUAUUUCAUAUGAAUUUUUGUUUACUGCAAUUUAACAUGCGGCGGGGGGGGGGGGAUUGGGGAUUACAGACGCGACACCUACUUGUAUGUAUUUUUAUACGCAGGGUAUACAAAGACUGAGGAGCUAUAAAUUCCAAGAGCCCCUGAUUAGGAAAGUUUGGCCAAUCUUGCCUCGCUUUUCACCCAAUGAUGACCUUUACUACCUUCUGACCUUGUCUAUCAAUUUUUUUUGGGAUCUACGCCAUUUUGAUACCAAAGGGGUGGUGCGAGAAACUUACGUUCUCUCUAAAUUCCUUAAUUUGAAAAAUAUUGCGAUCAGGGCCCAAUCCAAAGUUGGAUUGAAGCUUUCAAUCUAAUAGAUUUAGAAUUCAAUCUUAUUCGAUUGAAACUUUCAAUCCAAUUUUAUAUUGGUCCCUGAGAGUCUAGUAUUAGAUUGACUUUUCAAUCUACGGAAGUUUAAGAGUUCAAUUGCAAAAACGAGCGUGAGUCACCAAAUCAAGCACAUUGGGGCAUUGCAAUGUUGAGAUGCAAUUUAAUGUGAAUAUACUACAAAUCUUUAUUAAUUCAAUUCAUUU